AUGCCGCGAUAUUACUGCGAAUACUGCGACGCGUACCUCACGCACGAUUCCCCGACCGUUCGAAGACAACACAUUUCCGGAUUUAAACACAAAGCGAACGUGAGGAAUUACUACUUACAGUUUACCGACUUCAACACGAACCCGAACGCGACGAUGACGACGCCUACGACUAUGAUGCCGCCGAAUGCGAUGGCGAUGCCCGGGAUGAUGAUGGGUGGUGGUGGUGUGGGUGGUGGUGGUGGUGGGCAAAUGAUGCCGCCUACGACUUUGAUGCCGCCACCGAUGUUGAUGGGUCAACAGCAACCGCAAUCGAUGAUGCCGCCGCCAAAGUAUUGA